AUGGCCAACUUCAAAAAUCCAAUGGAUAAUAUGAAAUCCACAUGGCGGACAUGGGAUCGAGACCAGUGGAAGUUGCCACACAAAAUCCUUGAACACGUCAACGUAUACCACAUCGAGCUCAACAGGGAUGUCCCAAUCCAUUCCAAGGAAGAUAAAAUCCCAUAUGUAUCCGACUGGUCCCUGAACCGCUGGGUCCUUUUCAAUGCAGGAGUUCCACUUCUAGCCCACCAGCUUUUCACCUACAUCACUGGAUACAACUUCCACCCGAUCAUCGCCUUCUUCUACUACUACUAUGCUACGAGAAUGUUCACAACACGCGAGCUGCGGAGUCUCCGAGAGCUCGGCCAUAUCCAUGGAUUCCUAGAUGGCGAUAAACACGAGCGAGAUGGGGUUCCGGAUGUGGGCGUUUCAAAAGCUCUGAUCUCGGUUCUACUGGCUGGGCUAAUACGUCCACUGAUGACAGUGUGUCUCACCUACAAUGCAAAUAAAGCACCCGCCUCACUCAACUGGAAAUGGUUGUUCAUUGAGGUCAGUCUUUAUGGAAUCAUUCUUGAUUUUUGGUUCUAUUGGUACCACCGUGCUAUGCAUGAUGUGAACGGUCUCUGGAAAUUCCACCGCACCCACCACCUGACGAAACACCCAAACCCGCUGCUCACGAUCUACGCGGAUGCGGGGCAAGAAUUCUUUGACAUCGCCGGUAUUCCGUUGAUGACAUGGUUCACGAUGAGGCUUAUGGGAAUGCCGAUGGGAUUUUAUGAAUUGCACAUGUGUCAGCUGUACGUUAUAUUUUCAGAGCUGGCUGGGCAUAGUGGUCUCCGUCUUCAUGCAUCGCCACCUAACCUUCUAACAUGGCUGAUGCGGAUGUUUGAUGCUGAGUUGGUGAUUGAAGACCAUGAUUUGCAUCAUCGCCGGGGAUGGAAGAAGAGCCAUAACUAUGGUAAGCAAACGCGAGUAUGGGAUCGGAUCUUUGGAACAUGCAGUCCUCGCAUCGAGAGUGUGGAGGCGAAUAUUGAUUACGAAAAUCCUAUUUCUAUGCCAAUGUUGUGA